UCAUAAGGUUAAUUUGUGGAUAUUUUCUUGAAAAGGGAUAAUUUGUGGAUUAUUUCGGUGUAAGUUUGAUCGAAACUGUGUGAAAAAUGGCAAGAAGUGACUAUUUGACAUGGACGACAGAUGAUGUAACGACUGAGUUAAUGAAUGCCGAUAUGAGUGAAUUGAAACUUGUGGCAAAAGCAUUGUUAGAUCAUGCAUGCACUAAGCUCGGUGGCUUGGGCUUCGGAACUUCCUUUCUCUCUUGGGUUGCAUCCUUCUCGGCUAUUUAUUUGUUGAUAUUGGACCGGACGAAUUGGAGAACAAACAUGUUGACCUCGCUUUUAGUACCUUACAUAUUCUUUAGUCUUCCUCCUUCACUCUUUCACUUCUUAAGGGGUCAAUUUGGGAUGUGGGUCGCAUUCAUUGCGGUAGUACUAAGGCUCUUCUUCCCUCGCCAUUUCCCAGAUUGGCUGGAGAUACCUGGAUCAUUGAUCCUUCUUUUGGUAGUUGCGCCGAAGUUGUUUGCUCAUGCGUCUAGGGAAAGUUGGGUUGGGGUUGUGAUUUGUCUUAUGAUCGGUUGUUACCUACUUCAAGAGCAUAUUCGCGCAUCAGGCGGUUUCAGAAAUUCUUUCAUGCAGAGCCAUGGUAUAUCUAACACAAUUGGUAUUCUUUUGUUGUUCGUCUACCCAAUGUGGAGGCUCAUCACACACGUUGUUUGAAUUUAAAAUACCAAUGUAUGUACUUUCAAGAUUUUUCCAUAUUACUAAUUUAUAUUUAUAUUUUUGUUACAUACACUUUUGAGUUAUAUGUUAUGAGGGAACAUUUUAAUCUCUUGUGAAUUGAGUUUUUUUUUUUUCUAUAAGAAUGACUUGCUGCCUAUUUGUACUUUGUGGCUUUGACAUUUUAAAU